UCUUCUUCUUCCCACCACCUGCCCGCCCAAGCCACACGCUCUUGAUUCUCUCGUUUCGACAGAGCAGAGCAGCAGCAGCAGCAAGCAGGUCGGGCAGGUGCAUUGCAGUCUUCCCCCGAGCAGGACUAGCCGUGCCGUGCCUAUAUCUCUACUCGGCGGCACGCACGCGGGAAAGGCUGCUCCCCCCAGGACGGUCGUAGGACCUCACCCUCCUCCACUACCACCACGAGACGCCUCUCUCCGCGAGCACUGUACCACGCCGGGCAUGCAGACGGCCUGAUCAGCGUCGACACACUCCCUCGCACCCGGCACCGACACUCUUUCCACCCGACUCGACCACUUGGCUCCGGCAGUCGCCCGAUCAUUCCAACAUCACAUACCCAGACCCAUUGGAAUAGCAGCAGCACUGGCAGCAGCCAUUGACUUGGUCUACAUCGCUCCUCCAGCCCGAUAGCCAACAUCCACCACGUAUCCAUCCUCCCACCAGCUGUGAGCUCCCGCCGAGCUACACACCACAUCCACCAGACACAAUUACACCACUCUCGACCGGCAUACCACCACUAUCUCACCACCCAGCAUGGAAUUCUCAUCGCCUCUGGCGGCAAUGCGUCCGAUACCGGUUCCUACUUGGGGCGGUCGAAAAGAUGUCCCCAACGGCCGUCCCACGUACCGUGGGUACCAGACGUUGGGCCCGAACAACAACUUCGACUUCAACAACAUGAGCAUGUACCACGAGAAGCCUCGUCGGGGCGACUACUUCACGUUGAAGCCCGUGCGUGGGUCAUCUCCCACCGCGAGUCUGACUGCCGAUCUAGACGCCAACUUCCACAUCGAUAAGAGUCCCCAGGCGCCCACCCCGCGACGCUCAUUGUUCACGCAAGACCUCUUCAAGCCACAGCAGAAUGCGUUGGACACUCCACCAAUCGAAGUCGAACCUGCGCGAACUCCGCCCAUCGUCCCCUCGUCAUCGCCAUACUACGAGUCCAUGGACAUCUCGCCCCUGCCACACAAGGCGCCAUGCACUUUCCAUCUGACCUUGCCGUCGCCAACGCCUGAAGCCACGCCCAGUCCAGAUCUAGACCUGUCGCCAGACCUGUUGUCGCCCGAUCAAUUGCCUGCCCCCGCCGUACUUGAACGAACCAUUGACCCAGCAUCGCUCGAGGCGCCAGAGCGUCGAAGACCCGCUAGUCGUCCAGGCCUGAGCCGAACCAAAGGUCUCUCCACAGGCCACAUUCCUCAGCGCCCCACCACCGCUGAGACACAGCUACCACCCUUCCGCUUCGGCAAUGUCGCCACCGCUGGCUUGUCAUGCUCGUCGACGCCCUCGCUGCUAGAAAGCUUCACCGAAUCACCCGUCGACGAUCCGCGGCCGUCCGGCUUGGGCUCAAUGCUGCCACCAUCGCGAAGGACUUCUAUCAGCAACGCGAAUCGCUGCAAUGGGUCACCGUCUGGCAGUCAUGUUCGCAAGUCUUUGGCCGGACGGCCUGCGUUCGUACGACCACAGAGAAAGCUCAUCCGGAGAUCUCUCAGCAUGUUUCAGCAUCCCGACGAUAUCAUGAAGGAGGAGCAAGAGACGUUUGACCCAUCAUCGAGUUUGUCUUCUGUCAUGGAUAUUGAGCAGGAGCCUACUCACAAGCUGCCCUAUUUUGUGCCCGAUGACGAACCCGAAGGCCUGCCCAGGAUCACCCAGGAAACGAUGCUUGAUGUUCUCGCCCAAAAGCAUUCUGACAAAUAUGAACGCGUUCUCAUUGUCGACUGUCGAUUCGAAUACGAAUAUGAAGGCGGACACAUCGAGAGUGCUGUCAACUUCAACGACAAACAACACUUGGCCAGCGAGCUCUUCAGCCCGAAUGUGCCCAGUGGUAAUACCCUGCUCAUCUUCCACUGUGAGUAUUCUGUGCACCGUGCACCUCUCACCGCGAAGUUUAUCCGAGGCCACGACCGGACUGUCAACGCCGCCAACUAUCCCCACCUCACGUAUCCAGAGAUGUAUAUCCUAGAUGGCGGCUACAGCAAAUUCUUCGCAGAGAAUCCCUCCAAAUGCUUCCCACAAAACUAUGUGGAAAUGAACGAUCAUCGUCAUGAAAUGGCAUGUGAACGUGGCAUGGCAAAGGUCAAGCAACAACCACGCCAGAAGCUGUUUCGCAACCAGACCUUUGCCUUCGGCACGACAUCUGAUGACAUGGACGACUCCCCGACCGCCCUUGGUCGUACAUUAGGUCCUCGAUCACAAAGCACCUUUGCAGUCGGCGCCGACAUUGCAGAGGGCAUUGGCAUGUCGUAUCAACGACGCAUGGCCUCCUACUGAUAUACGAAUACCCCUCCUGGCCUUGGUGCAUUGCAUAGCAUGGCGUUCUAGGAGCGACUUCCCUUUCGCCUCGAUUUUGCGAGGCAUUUCUGCGGCGUUCAAGCGAGCCAUUCCAGUGGCGAUUUCCUUUCAGGUGCAACGUCGGCGGCGACCGACCCUCGGAUUUCCUUUCUGGACGAUCAACUUUUCAUUGCGUUCCCUUCCUUUAUGUCUUUUUACGAUGAAGACCACGGCACAUCAGUACAGUGACCGUCGGCAAAGUGCAACGAUACCCAGCAUCCCCACAAUCCUCUCGGCCUUUUUCCACCCACAGGCGAACCUCUCUUAGCAACAACGAAUUCCUCCUCAGCAGCCCGGAACAGAACGUCCUCCGGAGCUUCCACGCUACUUUUGACAGAGCGCAAAUUUGUCACCUUCCCGAUUUUACUCACCAACAACAUUGAGCGGCAUUGACACGCCAUUCCACCGCCAUUCAUCAGCGCGGGACAAUAUCAUGACCUUGUUCCGGCCCUGGCUUUACCGGCACGAUUGCAUCGCCGGUCCACAGCUUCGACUUUCGAAUUGUACACCCAGAAUAAAACAGCAUCCAUGAACACUUGGUAGCCAGGAGUUUCAGACUCACAACCAAACCCCCAGCUUCACCAAUGAAACGAGCUUGCAGGAUUGUACAGACUAGGAAAGAGAAGAGCGCGCAAGGCGCAAUUGAACCCCAGCUUUGUACCACGAUUUGGAACUCUGGCGCCCCAGAUGACCUCGCUUUAUGCAGGCAGCGCCAGGCCCAACUUUUGUACUACUACUGUUGUACUACGAAACCUUUGCCUGGUACCAUGAAGAUUUACCUGGGGUCAGAAAGCAGAACCAGGAAGCAGAAGAAGAGGCUGAUGACAUUGAAUAACAACAGUGUCUCUCGUUCUCUGCCGUAAUGUCUCAAUGAAACGAAUCAUAUUCAAAACAAC